AUGUGGGAGCAGCUGUCUCACACGUCUAGCUCGCUGGCUUUCACUGGACUUGCAUCAGAUUUUGUGAGGAAGAAACGCUUCAGUCGUACUGUGGAGGGCUAUAUUGUUACCAAGUUCAAAAGGAACAAACGGGCUGUAUCAGAGCACCAGCUAUUGCAUGACAAGGGCAAGUCAAUCCAAGAUUUACGAAGAAGAAUAUUCCUUCAAAAUUUAAUUGAAGGUGUCAACACUGCAGAAAUCCGUGCAACUUCAGAGGUUUCACCCAACCCUAAGCCAGCGACCAAUACGAAGAACUACCCUGUCCGUUUUGGCAGCGACGAUGAGGGCAGAUACCUAACUCAGGAGACAAACAAAUCACAGACCUACAAGGAGCAGCCCCUGAAGGUAUCGGGGAAGAAAAAGAAAGCAAAGCCUGGAAAGCGUAAGGAACAAGAUAAGAAAAAGAGGCGAGCCCGCUCAGCUUGGCUGAAUUCUGGCGUGUAUGGAAGCGACAUGACCGAGAGCCCACUCUUGGACAACUCUGUUACUACACAUAAUCACACUUUAAGGUAA